UGAUCGCUCCGGAACCUCGAUCGCUACCGUCACCUUUGGAUUUUCGUCAAUUGGUUCGCAGAGGUUUUGGGUCUGGCUCAAUUGGGUAUGUACCCAGAAGUUGUGAGUGGGUUUCGGUUGGCGGAUUAUUGCCCCUGCUGUCCGCUAAGCAAACGAUAGAAGGCGAUGGAGAAGGACGAACAUUCUAAUUUGAGUGAUUAGGAGCACUUGUGUGCCCCCGCCCUCGCCAUCGCGCUGCAGGCAGUGUUCGCAAAAUUGAGGAUACACUCUGUAUUGGCCUAUUGCUGGUCUGACAUUGAUGCUCUUGCUGCCCAUAGCUAGUCGACAGUAUUCGUCGAGCGGUGCAGUGUGCUGUGAACACUGGCCCGACUCAGAUAAUACCACCAGUUUUUUUGACUCUUUGGAUGUAACAAAUUGGAGAAGAGACCUAUUUCAACGACAUGUAAUGUUAUUGAAUUCGUAAUUGCAACACGAAAUAGUUUCGAUAGAUGAGGAAGGGGAAAGUAAAAUUAACGGAAGCAACGAUUUACCACCAAUAUUAUUCCGAUAAAGACAUGGGUGAUCGAAAAUCGACGGAAUAUCCAAAGAAACAUUUGUCUAACCUGAUCAGAACUCCAAAAUACAAAUACCCCAUCCAACAUGUGGGUCACUUUUCCUGCUUUUAGACAGGAUAUUUAACCUGGUGUAAAAUACAUCCUAAUCGAGUAGCCAUCUCCAUCUUCGACUGAGGGGCGUCUAGGAUCGUUUUGCACACACAUAAUAAAUGUGCGGAUGUUUUCAUUCGUAACUUCGAACUGGACAGUGUGGAGCUUCGCGCAUGUUGAACUUGGAAACCUUUCCAAACCCUAACCCACCGGAAUGAAGUAUCGAAAUUCGAAAUGGUGAUGUUAAAUCGGCAUGCCACGAUUGUGUUCAGACAAUUGUUCAGUACGUUCAAUUGGGGUCAUAUCUAGGGGGGAAGGGCCAUACAGCUUAAUGAGCUGUGCACGGGUACAACAAUUUACAAGAGUUGUAGGGGAUCAUGGCGCUCGCUGCGGUGUCGGAAUUUGGCUAUAGAGGGUUGAAUGUGUGUAAGGAAUUUCAGGGUUUGCAACUGCAGUGCCGGUGCCUGAGGAUCCCGUGCCGGGCUUUGUCACGACCUUUCAGGUGCCACCGUGGAUUCACGUCAGCACAGGCAAGCGCACACCACGAGAAGCUCCAGGUAGCUUUGGAUGUGGUUCAGCGAGCUUGUCUAAUAUGCACUUCUGUCCAGUCUGGUAUGCAGAAAGGGCAGGGGCAGCUAGACAAGGUUGAUAAUACACCUGUGACAAUUGCGGAUUUUAGUGUACAAGCUUUUGUCAGCUUAGAGUUAGGAAGACUCUUUCCUGGCAUUCCUUUGGUGGGUGAGGAGAAUGCAAGCCAGUUGCGUGCUGAGCAUGAAGAGAAAUUAGCAAGCGGUGAUUGGGGGAAGCAAACAAUAAUAGAGACUGUUGUGGAUGUCCUAGCUCCUGUUGUUUCUCCAGAGGUUGGCAAGUUGAAUUGUGACAUUGUUCUAGAUGCUAUUGACAGAGGUGCUAUGUCUGCUUCUACUGCCACUGAUCGUCAACGCUCUUACUGGGUUUUGGAUCCUAUCGAUGGAACACGGGGAUUUCUGAGAGGUGGGAAUGCUCUGUAUGUAGUGGGUCUUGCAUUAGUUGAUGAUGGGAAACCAGUGCUUGGUGUGAUGGGCUGCCCAAAUGUGGCAAUACAGUUUAAUCAAGAUAGGACUGUCAUUAAAAUGGCAAGCACAUACUUCAAAUCAGAGCAUUUCAAGCCUGAUGAGAUAUACCAACGUGGGCUUGUAAUGGCUGCCAGCUUGGGAGAAGGCUGCUGGGUGCAGCCCCUCGCUGAGAGCACUAGCUCAAACAGCAUUAUGUUGAAGAGUGAAGUGGAUAAUUCCAAAGCAGUUCCUGAUUCCUGGUUUUGUAUCUCCGAUAAUGAGGUUUGGUCCAAAUCUCCACUGGCUCAUGCGCUGGCUUCCAGCCAUGCGGGCAAGCAUUUGAUGAAAGAAAAGAUGCAAGUCCUGUCACUAUGCUGUGGAAGUUUGUGCAAGUACUUUGCCGUAGCUCUUGGUGGAGUAUCUGCAUUCCUUCUUCAAGCUGAUCGUUCAACGCCUUUGAAGGUGUGGGAUCAUGCAUCAGGGGCUAUAUGCGUUUCAGAAGCUGGGGGUCAGGUUGUAGAUCUAGAGGGAACAGCUCUGGCAGAUAGCAUUGGCAAUAGCAAAGAUGUGUUCACAGUCAAGGGUGGUGGUAUAUUUGCCAGCAACAAGAAUCUCCAUCACCUCCUGGCGGACAUUCGGAGCCAGACUGCUGCGGUUGGUCAGUAAAAUGUGCAAGAAAAGGUGUUGAAGUCUCAUCUGUACAACAGGAACUGGCGAAUGCUUAAGAGGCGUCACACGAAGAAGUAAAUUGGCAGUAGCAUUUCAAAUCUGUAAGACAGAAGUUGCCUAUCAUAUAUAUACGCUGGAUCUGAUGAUAUAACAAGGCAAUUCGCUCUACUAGACCCAUCACUGAUCGGUUUCCGUUCAAGUAGAUAUGAUUGUGAAAUUUAUGAAGUCAAUAAAAUCUACGCCAUGGAAGGAGUCCAUAUAUCAA